CGGGCCGCAAGCGCAAGCCACAAACCACAGCCGAAACGGAGCAGGGAAAAAAAACCAUUUCUUUCUUUUCGCGUCUCGCCACACCACCACCACUGCGAAUAUGCUGUCCCCAGCCACGCCGGCCGCCCCCUGAUCCCCAAUGCCCCCGCGCCGCCGCCCCGCCGCCCCCGCCCUCGAUCUGCCCCGCGCCGCCCCACGCUGACCGCCCGCCCCCGCCUCCCGCCCCCCUAGUCCACCCCUCCCUUCCUCCUCCGCCCCGCCCUGCCCUGCCUUUGCCUGCCGCUCCCCCCCGCUCGCGGCCGACCCGGACGGGGUUGAGGCUGGGGCCCAGGCGACGGCUAGGGUUUUCCUCCCGCGACUCGACCGCCGCCGGGCUCCCGCGGAUUCGUGCUUCCUCGCUCGCUCCGCGGAGCGCCGCUGCGGUUUCGCUUCGCCCUAGGGAUUGGCUCUUUGCUCUUCUUCUUGCUGUCGCGGAAGCGCGGCUCCGGGGAGCUCCGGGGCUCGAUUCGCGGGGCUUUCGGCGGCGCGGCGGCGCAUUCUGUGGCCUCGCAAGUCCCCGAGGGCUCGAAGCUUCGAAUCGGCCGAUUUGGCCGGGUCCGGGCUCUGCAAAGCGCGGCCUUUUAGCUUGACGGCGCCCCCUGCCAAGCAUUCUGCCCGGUCUCGCUGCGGAUAUUGGAGGGAACCAUGGCGGAGAACAUCGAUCUGGUGCUGGAGUUCCUCAAGAAGAACCGGUUCGCCAAGGCUGAGGCCGCCCUCCGCGGGGAGCUCAGUGCCACCAACGGGCAGACGCAGAGGCGUGCCGCUGAGCCCUCGCCCAAGGAGGAGGACGAGCGGGACGGCUCCGAGGUGGGCUCUGCCGCGGGGCCGAGAGGCGCUGCUUCUUCCGUGAGAAGCGCGGACUCGUCGAGGGAGUUCAUUGUCAAGGAGAUUGACGUUGGAGGCCUGGCGAAUGGAUCUGAUGGGAAGAAGGGGCUGGGGAUUGGCCUGCCUCUGGAGAACAGCAACACAGGGGAUCUGUACCCGUGGAACUUCAGCAUUGCCAACAGCACCGUGGAGCAGCUGGCCGAGCUUCUGGUGUCUGAGGAAGUGCCGAGGCAUCGCCGCACAUCGUUAACUGAGAAGAGGGACCGUGGUGUUGGGACCGAGCAGCCUGGUCCGGUGCUGGAGCAGAAGGUUUCGUUUGGAAGAGGGAAGGGGAAAGUUGAUACCGCAGGGAGAAGUGAAGUCAAUGAACCAGGCCAUUCGAGUGACAAGAAUCUGGUCCCAGAAAAGGAGGAGCCCUUGAAUGGCUAUGCAGUCAAGACGGUGCUUCCAUUUCCUACAGAGAUCCCGUCGUCUAGUUACCAUAAUGCGCACCAGGAUGGAAAUGAGAGGAAAGAUACGAAGAAGAGCGUCAAUGCCGAUGGUUCGGGAAAAGCAGCAAAGAGGCAGCCUGAUGAGGGGAGCAGGCAGUAUUACUCAGGGAAGUCCCAGAGUAUUGUAGACCACGUUGCUGACCGAUGCUUCGAUCUGCAGCUCAUGGGAAAUAGCCAACGUGAGGAGUUUCCAAAGUUGCCUCCUGUGCGGCUCAAGUCUGAGGAUAAGCUUGUUAAUAUGAACUGGGAGGAGAAGAUCGAUCAUCAUGGAUCUGGAUCCAACGACCCUAGUACUGACCAUGUCUUUAUGAUUGGGUCUUAUCUUAAUGUUCCCAUUGGGCAGGACAUUACAUCAUCAGGUGGAAGACGCACGGUUGGCAGUAGUUGGUUAUCCGUCAGCCAAGGCAUUGCAGAGGAUACUCCUGACAUGGUUUUUGACACACUUGGUGAUGAUUUGCUUGAGUAUCCAAAUGAGUAUUGGGACUCUGAUGAGUAUGACGAUGACGACGAUGUUGGCUACACCCGACAACCAAUUGAGGAUGAAACUUGGUUUCUUGCACAUGAGAUUGACUAUCCUAGUGACAAUGAGAAGCCAACUGGUCACACAAGUGGCGCUGAUCGACAUGAUCGUCCUACAAAGGAUGAUGACGAUGACCAAUCAUUUGUUGAAGAGGAUUCUUACAUAUCUGGUGAGCAGUAUUUUCAUGGGAAAAACAUCGCACCGAUAGGUACUUCGGAGCGGCCAAUAGGACAUGGGAUUCCUGAUAAUGAUAUGAUAGCCCAGUAUGAUGGUCAACUUUUGGAUUCAGAAGAACUAAAUUUGAUGCAUUCUGAACCAGUAUGGCAGGGUUUUGUGUCACAGAAUAGUGAACUAGGCAUGUUAGGAAAUGGGAAAUUCCUUAAUGAUUCUGCACGACCUCAUCCUGAUGACCCUUUUGUUGAGGAUGAUCAGCACGGUUCAGUCAGGUCAAUUGGUGUUGGUAUAAGUAGUGAUGCUGCUGACAUUGGCAGUGAGGUGCGUGAAAGUCUGAUUGGAGGAAGCAGUGAAGGGGACAUAGAAUACUUCAACGAAAGUAAUCUGAGUGUUAGUGGAAAGAGACACUCUCAGCAAGAAACGGAAAAGAAAAAGGUUAAUGCGAAUGGAGCCAAACAGGACCAAAUAAACUAUGAUAUCCAAAAGGGCAAUAUGCCACCAGGAGCAGCUUAUGGUGAUGGUGGAUUUUCUUUUCCACCGCCACUGCAUUCUGGAAAAAAUGCUGAAUCAGAUGUUAAGUCUUCAUGGUCAAAGAAGGAUGAUUAUUCAAUCAAUGAUCCUGAUGACUGUCAAAAUGGCACGGUAUCAGAUGAUACACUUGCCACAUGGAAGAAAAGGAACAGUGUCUCUUCCCUAAGGAGCUCUCGAGAUGAAAUGACUUCUGAUGUUGUUAGAUCAAGAAACUCAAGCGCAUCGUCUGCUCUGAACAAUACUUAUGAUGAAGUGGAGGAAACAAUGAAUGCUCGUCAUCAGAAACUAGAUGAUGCACAAGAAGAGGAGACCGGUACCACGUUAGAUGACGAGGAAGCAGCAGCAUUGCAAGAACAAGUAAGGCAGAUAAAGGCCCAGGAGGAAGAAUUUGAAACUUUCAAUCUGAAGAUUGUGCAUAGGAAAAAUAGAACUGGUUUCGAAGAAGACAAAAAUUUCCAUGUUGUUCUCAAUUCUGUUAUUGCUGGUCGUUACCAUGUCACGGAGUAUUUGGGAUCAGCAGCGUUCAGCAAAGCUAUCCAGGCACAUGAUUUACACACAGGAAUGGACGUGUGUGUUAAAAUCAUUAAGAACAACAAAGAUUUUUUCGACCAGAGCCUUGAUGAGAUCAAGCUUCUGAAAUAUGUAAACAAGCAUGACCCUGCGGACAAGUACCACCUUCUGCGUCUAUAUGAUUACUUCUACUAUCGGGAACAUUUGUUGAUAGUUUGCGAACUUCUGAAGGCAAAUUUGUAUGAAUUUCAAAAGUUUAACAGAGAAUCAGGAGGCGAGGUUUACUUUACGAUGCCAAGAUUACAGUCAAUAGCCAUUCAGUGUCUGGAGUCACUGCAGUUUUUGCAUGGACUUGGUCUUAUUCAUUGUGAUCUGAAGCCAGAGAACAUAUUGGUGAAGAGCUAUAGUAGAUGUGAAAUUAAGGUCAUUGACCUUGGCAGUAGCUGUUUUGAGACUGAUCAUCUAUGCUCAUACGUUCAAUCGCGAUCUUACCGUGCACCUGAGGUUAUACUGGGCCUACCUUAUGACAAAAAGAUAGAUAUAUGGUCACUUGGAUGUAUUCUAGCAGAACUUUGCACUGGGAAUGUUCUUUUUCAAAACGAUUCUCCUGCGACAUUACUUGCACGUGUGAUGGGCAUCAUUGGUUCCAUAGAACAAGCUAUGCUUGCACAGGGGCGUGAUACUUAUAAAUACUUCACAAAGAAUCACAUGUUGUAUGAAAGAAAUCAGGAAAGUAGCAGGCUAGAAUACUUGAUUCCAAAGAAGACAUCAUUGCGGCACCGCUUGCCCAUGGCUGACCAAGGUUUCAUCGAGUUUGUUUCAUACCUUCUCGAGGUGAAUCCGAAGAAGCGCCCAAGCGCCUUGGAAGCGUUGAAACACCCGUGGCUUUCUUUUCCUUACGAGCCAAUAUCGUCAUGACACGGUUGCUGCUGCUGGAUCAUCAUGUUUGCACCAUAUUGAGUGCCUUAAUCAUCUGUCUUGGCACCUAAAGCAAGCACCAUGAAGUUUUGAUGGAUGAAAUCUGUUCUAGCACGAGCCACCCAUGGAAACAAUUGUUCAGGUUUAAGUGCGAUUCUGAUUCAAACCGAUCAGGAUGUGACGCCUGCCUCUGGGAUGGUCUUUUGCUCCCUGUACUAGAAAUGCCCUGUGUUGUGGUGUAAUAUAACUCUGGGUUUUGUCUAUUGUCUGGCUCCAGUAUAACAGGCCAUUUGGUUAGGUACAUUUUGAAACCCAUUUUUCUUGUAGGAAUAGGGCUGUCAUGUUGUACAUGGUGUGAUUAUUAUUGUCCAACCUUGUGGUGCCAUGCUGUGCACGUCUAUUCUUAUGGUUCUUCUGUA